AUGAUUUCAAUAACAAAAAAGAAAAAUUUCAUAAUUACAAUAUUUUCGUCUGUAUUCUUACUUUAUACACUAACACUCUUAGAUUUCUUGUCUAUUGGAUCUAAUCUUUAUUUAACAGAAUCACAUAGUGUAAAUUUAGAGAACUUUAAUAUGAUGGUAUUUACUUCAACUACAAUUAUUGCACAAUGCGUGUUUGGUGGAUUUUCGCGAUUACGCGCAGGAAUAUGCGGUGGCGCUAUAUUCGAGUCUGUAUCGAUAACUAAUAAUAUUCAUAAAAUAUGUGACGCGAAUAGUAAUUCAGCAGAGGAAUCUUUAACUAAUGCAUAUGUCGCUGUUUUUGUCGGUACUUUAUUGUUUGGCCUGUUAUCUUAUCUUAUGGGAAUGUAUGGAUUGGGUAAAUUUUUUAAUUUUAUACCUAAAGCCCCUCUAUAUGGGGUAAUGGCUUCAAUAGGAGUCGGGCUUAUAGUAGACGGGUUUAAACAGAUAUACGUAGGUAAGACGUCCCUUAUUAUUCAUUUUAGUGCUUUAGUUACUAUAUUUUUAGUAUUGUUAGCAUAUUAUUUAGAAAGACGGUUUCCAGGAUAUGUAUUCUUUAUUCCGUUAUAUUCUCUUUCUAUAGCAGUUAUAUUUCAUGGUAUAUUUUUUAUUCUGGGAUAUGAUUUACAAAAGCUUAGAAGUAUUAACCUUGUACCAAAGUUAAGUACUAAUACUGUCAGUUUCAAUAUAUUUGAGUUUUUAAAGUUUGGAAAGUUUAAUUUUAAACUUUUAAUUAAGCUUAUUCCUCAGAUAUUAACUCUUGCCCUAACAAAUAUGAUACAUAUUACGGUAAAUGUACCAGGAUUUUCUAGUAUUAUGAAUAUUCCGGCCGAUCUAAAUGAAGAAUUUAAGACUCAAGGAAUUUCUAACUUUUUAACAGCCUUCUUUGGCUAUCCUACUUAUUUUAUUAACUGUACUUCUAUAUAUUUCAAUAAAGCAGGCGGUACAUCGAGAAUACAUGCUAUUUUGGGUGGUCUAUCAUUAACCGGUCUUUUUUAUAUUGGUCCUUUGUCUAGAAAGUUUCUCCCAAAUAUACUUUUAGCAUUAAUACCAGUAUAUAUCGGAGGAUCAUUUGUUUUAUCUAAUUUCUUAGAAUUAAUACCGGAGACAUCUUACAUAGAUCUAUUUAUUAUUGUAUUAUCUCUAGUAGUAGGAUAUUUUAAUCCUAUUUUUGGAAUUAUAAUGGGAAGUUUAGUACAUUGUUUAAUUAUAUGUAUCGGUUACAAGAUGUGGGUUUAUAACAAGAAAAAAGAUUCGGGAAUUUAUUAUAAUGAUGUACAAAAGACUUAUAAGAUUGUUAAAAUAGAUUUUAUCGCCUUUUUCUUAACUUAUGAUAAAUUAAGAAAGAUAUUACAAGUGGAUGGUCCUAAAAUACUUAUUGAUUUAAGAGAAUGUCCUUAUAUUGAUUAUGAAGGUAAUGAUAUAAUUUGUAAGAGAAUAUCAGAAUAUAGUUGUGAAGUGUUAAUUAUUGGACAUCCUUAUAAUUUGUAUACAAAUAUGUUUAAAGGUUAUAUGGUUUAA